AUGCUUUACCAGAAUAAAGGUUUUGGAUCACUUUCAAAAACAAACAUUUCUAACUGUAUUUCAAGUCAAAAACCAGGUUUUGAAUAUGAUUAUGUUGAAUCAACAGUAAAUGUUUCAUUUUGUAAUUUUGAGAAUUUACAAGUAACUGACGGAAUAAUUACUUAUUUUUAUAAUUCUCCGGGAAGAAUUGACCGAUGUAAUUAUAAAAAUAAUUCUCAAAAUGAUGAAUAUUUUGGAAUUGUUUCUGUUACAUCUAAAAGACUUGAUAUUUUUGAUUCAUCUUUCCAAAACAAUCCUGAGAUUAACAAAGGAAAAUUAUUUGAAGCUGGCAAUGGUGAUGGAAAGAUUUAUAUACAUCGAUGUAGUAUUGAUUCUUAUUCAGCUGAUACAGGUUCUGGAAUUGUAUAUACAUCAGAUCAAGGAACAGAAUCAUUUAAGAAUAAUUUGACAUUCCUUGGAUUACGUCCAUGUGAAGGAAAUCUUGGAUUAGUAUUAUUAUUUAUCCCAAAGAAAGAAAAUAUAAUUUGUUCAUUAAGUCCAUGCGUAAAUUUUCUUUUUGGUGAGUAUCAUCUUUCUAUUUUGUUAUUGAAUAAACAAUAA